AGGGGAAAGGGGGAAAUGGCAAAGUUACAUUCUUCCGCCCUAUGCUUUUUAAUCAUCUUCCUCUUCCUCCUUGUUUCCAAGGAGAUGGCAGUUACAGAAGCAAAACUUUGCCAAAGGCGCAGCAAAACAUGGUCAGGGUUUUGUGGAGACCCAGGUAAAUGUAAUCGUCAAUGCAGGAAUUGGGAAGGUGCUUCACAUGGAGCUUGUCAUGCACAAUUCCCAGGAUUUGCUUGUUUCUGCUACUUCAAAUGUUGAUCAAAGCAAUAUCAAGUUUCAUAAUCCAGCUCCCUAUGAAUA